GUUGCAGGACGAAGCCUCUCUCUCCGCCACCGCGCCGCCGCCUGCCGUUGCUGCUGGCGCUCGCGGGGAGCAAGCGCAGGACGGAGAGGACCGCCGCCAGCAGGACGCUGCCGGGGAGGCGCCCCACCGCUGUGCGACCUGCGGGGCGGCCUUCAGGAGGGCGGUCCUCCUCCGGGCACACAUGCGGACUCAUGCCGCCGAUCAACUGGACAGCGGUGAACACUGUGGCGACAGUUCAGCGGAUGGUACUGGCCAUCGUAUGCACGCUACUCACACAGCCGCCGCCGAGCCGCCGCCUGCUGCCGCUGCUGGUGUUCGGGGGGAGCAAGCGCAGGACGGAGAGGACCACGGACAGCAGGACGCUGCCGGGGAGGCGCACCACCGCUGUGCGACCUGCGGGGCGGCCUUCAGGAGGGCGGCCCUCCUCCGGGCCCACGUGCGGACGCAUGCUACUGAUAAACUGGACGGCGGUGAACCCUGCGGCGACAGUUCAGCGGGAAGUGCUGACCUCCGAAAAGACGUGAGGACCCACACAGGUGAUAUACCUCACAACUGUCAGACGUGUGGAAAACGUUUUUCUCACCUUGGGCACCUUCGUGAACACAUUAGGACGCACACAGGUGAGAAACCUUACAAAUGCCAGACUUGCGGCAAAGGUUUUGCUCAGAGUACCGCACUCCACAAACACAUCAGGACGCUCACCGGUGAGAAACCGUACAAAUGCCAGACUUGCGGCAAGAGUUUCACUCAAAAACAACAAGUCGGUGUGCACAUGAGGUCUCACACAGGUGAUAGACCCUACAGCUGCCAGACUUGCGGCAAAAGAUUCACUCGAAAAUACAUUCUAGGCGAACACAUCAGGACUCACACUGGUGAGAUACCCUACAAAUGCACAACCUGACAUGAGAUUCAGGUGAAGUUCAAACCUUCAUGUCCACAUAAGCACUCACACAGGUGAGAGACCGCACAAAUGCCAAACUUGUGGCAAAGGAUUUACUCGGAGCUCCGUACU